AAAUUCUGUAUAAAACAUAUACGAGAAUCUAAACACUUGUUUGAGGAAACAAAAUGAACUUAAUGUUAGAUAUGAGUAGGAAAAAAACAUUGGUGUUAGCAAUAACUUCCAUUUAUUUCUUAUCGACCGUAACUGCUGGUUCAUUUCCUGCGCUUUUGGCUUUUGGAGAUUCAAUACUUGAUACCGGUAACAACAAUUUUCUCAUGACUUUUAUGAGAGCAAAUAUCUGGCCAUAUGGGAGAAGCUACACUAUGAAAAUCCCGACGGGAAGAUUCGGAAAUGGAAGAGUUUUCUCCGAUAUAGUUGCCGAGGGUUUGGGGAUUAAAAAAAAUUUACCAGCUGCUCGUAAGCUUUUCAUUGCUCCAAGCGACCUUAAAACUGGUGUUUGUUUCGCAUCAGGUGGUGCAGGAGUCGACCCUGUUACAUCUAGACUAAUGAGAGUUUUAAAGCCAAGCGACCAAAUAAGUGAUUACAAAAAGUACAUAAUGAAGCUAAGGGUCGUAGCACCUACGCAAGCGAGUUCAAUCAUUGCAAAUGCAGUGUAUCUUGUUUCUCAAGGAAAUAAUGAUCUUGGAAUCUCGUUUUUUAUGACUCGAUCUGCAUUCAUGCGAGGAUAUGUGACGAGUGGUGCUUACACCACUAAACUAACUAGUUGGAACAAAAAUUUUAUGAAACAAAUGUAUGAUCAAGGAGCCAGAAAAUUCGCAGUGAUGGGAGUGAUACCGUUUGGAUGUUUGCCUAUGACAAGAAUCAUGGGUAGGUGUAACUUGUUCGGAAAUCUAUUAGCUGAAAGGUACAACGGAAAAUUGAGGAGUGGUGUUAAAACUUGGCCAAGCGAAGCCGGUUUUCGUGGUGCAAAAUUUGUCUAUGUCGACAUGUUCAACACUCUUAUGGAUGUUAUAAAAAAUUAUAGAAGAUACGGAUUUAGUAAUGCCAAUAAUGGGUGUUGUUGUAUGCCUACAGCGAUAGUACCUUGCGUAAAUCCUCAUAGUCACGUCUUCUAUGACUUUGUUCAUCCCUCGGAGAAAGCCUACAAAACCAUUUCCAAAAGGCUGGUCCAGGAUAUCAAGAGAGGCCUUGCCUAGUUUCAGUCUUACGAUCCUAUAUUGUUGUAAUCUAAAUAACCAACAACGUACCAAAAUAAAUUAUGAUAAACAACCAACAUCGUUAACUAAUCAGUUUUCAAAAAAAAAAAACAUCGUCAACUAGUUACACCCAAACAAAAAAACAUUGUUAGUUAAUUAUAUAUUUAUGAGCAUACACGAUCACUUAUUUUUAAUCUUUUUUUUUUGAAACCUAAAAAAAAAAAAAAAAAAAAAAAAAAAGAUUAUGUAUUGUAUUGUAUCAAUACAAUACAAAAAGGGGUGUAUAUUCUAUUUUUAAUCUUCUUAUUACAAAAAGGGGUGUAUAUUCUAUUUAUGUAUUGUAUAAAUAUGUAUACACGUAAUUUCAGAUCAGGGUGGUUGUUUAGGCUA